GACGCCGCACUAGCAGCGCCGGCCGAGGGGGUGCCGGGGCCGGUGCGGAGCCGGCGCCCCCUGACGCCACGGGCGGAAUGGAACCGGUACCCCCUGACGCCGCGGCUGGAACGGAGACGGCGUCCCCAGACGCGGUGGCCGCAGCGGAGCCACAGCAGACUGGCACUCCCGACAAACGGACCAGUGACGGCCUGUGCUGUCCCGUCUGCCUGGAGUCGGUGACGAGCUUGAAGGCGCAACAGCGUGGUUUCCUGGUGACCCGCUGCGGACACUGGUUCUGCGCGCCGUGCUUGAAGGGCUCGAUCCGCCGCAGCCGCGAGUGUCCCGUCUGCCGCUCCAGGCUGCCUCAGCGCACGGCCUACAACAGCCUGUAUCUGUGACCUGCGCCCCCCGGCGUAUAGCACCCACCCAGCCUUGAUGCGUGGACGUACCACGCCCCAGCUGGCCGGUCUGCUAUCCUGGGCGGCGCCCAUCCCGGGCCAGACGGAGGCUACUACGACAAUCUCAGGUGCGAAUAACUUGUAGUUUUCAGUGAUAAUGCGAUGAAGUCUUGUUCCUUGUUUGUGCACUGGUUUUCCUUUUCAACGAUUGUUCCUCAGCCUGGAUGGCAGAAGGCAUCAGCUUUCACACUGACCUGUGCUGAAACCAAAAUAAGAAGCUUGACAGGCUGCGUGGCAGCGGGUGCACAUAUUUAUAAACAGACACGGUGCUGUUGGGAAUGCCACUUCCUGGCGGGAUGCUAUUUUGCCGUGAUCUCCGAUGUAUGUCACAGCAUUCCGAAAGUGCAGCCAACCGUUUGUGAUAUCUUGAUUUGUUGGAUGAGGACCUGGCCGCCAAUAAUAGACUUGAAUGAACAAGAAGUCAAAAAUGGAAACACCAGGUGGUUCGGAUGGUCAUCUUUGCGUGCCUGACACAUGCUCUAUUUGAUCCCUUCGUGACGAUUGGGUACGUGACGCGUAGUGGUGGUUUUCCUGCGAUGUAUGCGUUGAUAUCGUUGCGUACUGUAGUUAGCUCACUGACAGCGCGCGCGAUGAGUUGCAGUGCUGUUUGAGACGAUCUGUGUUCCGUUAUGCUGGAUUAGAGAAUACACGUUUUUACUAUAACAAUAUU